AUGGAAGGUUCAGGGGAUUCGGAGACUAAAGGGGAAGGUCGGGUGGCGAGGGACGGGGGGACGCAGGAGAAUGGGAUUGCAGCGAUCCGAAUGCCUAGCGCGGAGCUUGAACACGCGGGGAUAGGGGAGCUGCGCGCGCAUGAAGGGGUGGCUGAAGAGCCAGGAGGGGACGCGGGAGCCGCGGAAACGUCACUUGCGGAAGCAGGGGAUGCGGAAAUGUUAAGAGCACGGGAAGCGGAAGCGCCACGCGCGGAGGCAGGGGAAGUGGAAGCACCACAAGCGGAAGCAGGGAAUUCAGAGAUACGAAAGGCGGAAGCAGGGGAAGCGGAAACAUCACAGGCGAAAGCAGGGGGAGCGGAAACACCACAGGCGGAAGCAGGGGAAAGGGCGGGCGGCACUGGUGCUGACGUGGCUGUUCCUGGUGCUGAAACUGCUGCUGCUGUUGUGGGUGUGGCUGCUGCUUGUCCUGAAGAUGCUGCUGCUGCUGAAGGUGCUGACGUGGUUAAGGCUGUGGCAACCGAUGCUUGUCAAACGUCAAUCACAGCAGCAGGUGUAAGUGUAGAAUUCCAAGGAGGCAGUGAUUUAGGUGUAGCAGUUGACGAGUCUGUAGUUGUUGACGCGGAUCAUACUGUAACGUGUAUUCCGGAUUCUGCUGUGAUUGUAGGUCUAGAAGAGAGCAAUUCGGUAACGGUAGGUGUAGAGGAGAGUGUAACGGUUGGAAAGAGUGAUGCUGUAGAUGUAGCAGCAGGCGGGGACGUGGUUACCACAGGUAACGAGCCUGUUAUAUUUGUUACAGGUGCGGCAGUAGGUGUAGCAACAGGAGCGGCUGUAGCAACAGAAGAGGCUGAUUCUGUGGAUGUAGCAGCUUCCAACCCUGCAGCCUCCAACCCUGUAGCUUCCAACCCUGCAGCCUCCAACCCUGCAGCUUCCAACCCUGCAGCUUCCGACUCUGCACCCAUUAUCGCUCUAGAGGAUGCUGCUGGCUCCGCUGCUGCUGCUGCUGCUGCUGCUGCUGCUGCUGCUGCGGCGUUUGCUCGUUCACCUAGGGGGGAAUCCGAGCUCACCGCUUUCGGUCCUUCUCAGAUGAUGGCAUUGUCUGAGGCCGAACCUGCGAGUCCGAACCUUACACCUAGGCUCGGGGUGCCCAGGCUCGUGCUUCCCAGGGUCGGAUCUGGAGCAGGAAGGAGUGUGGCCGAGGGGCAAAGGGCGGACGAGGCGCGUUUAGCAGCAGAGGAACGGGGAGAGAGGGGAGUGAGAGAAGCAGAGAAGUUGGAUGGGAGGGAGAGGAGGGAGAUUGAGGGGUUGGGGGGUCUUAGUCCGAGCUCCUUCGCUUCUACCCCUGGUGUACAGUCACGCGGCGUACAGUCACAUCCCACGGACUCCCCCUCUCCUCAGCCCCGUGUUCCUCAUUCACACACUCACCCCUCGAUCCGCUCUUUUGCUCCCCCAGACUCUCCUUUUGGGGAAUCCCCAACUCCGUCCUCUGAACCGCUCGUGCCGCACUCACACCCGCACCCGUCGCAUCCCCCUUUCCUGCAGCCAGACUCGCCCUCCUCCCCCCAACCGCCCGUGCCACAUUCGCACACUCACCCGUCGCGCGCACACCCGUCGCGCGCACACCCCGAAUCCCUGCAGUCCCAAUCUCACCACCCCCAAUCCGUGCACUCUCAAUCCCUGCAGUCCCAAUCCCAUCACACCCAAGCCUCUCGUUCCCAGUCGUCUCAUUCACUACCAGAUGCCGCUGUUCCCGCCUCCUCCCCCCCUCCUGAUACCGCCACUCCUAGAAGCCCCCCUUCCGUCUCCCCCGUCCCCCCAAGCCGCCACUCCACCCCUUCCUCUCGUCACCCCCGUUACAAUCCCUCUCUGGACCCCGCUCCCCCGCGCCCGCACUCCCCCGUUAUAGGAACGUUCUCCUGGGGCGCGACUUAUAGCGGGUUUCGCCCCCCAAUUGCGCCCUCUAGGUCCGCGCGCACCCCCCCGUCCGCGCUGGGGGGGGGAGAUGCGGGGAGAGGAGGAGAGGGGGGAAGAGGCGAGGGUAGAAGGUCAGGUUCUAAGGGAGGGGUUAGUCUGAGCGAUAGGAUCAGGGGGAAGAAAGAAGCAAGAAGAGGGGGAGGAGCAGGAGAUAGGGACCCGGCAGGUGAAGGGGAUGAGGAAAUUGAAGGGGAAACCCGCGCACAAGCCCCGUAUUUAUCAAUUCCCGGGGAGGAUGGCGAGGAGGGGAAUCCACCCUGGAAAUCAGGCGCGGCCGAACCUGAGCUCACGCCCCGGUCCAACUCCCUCCCAAACGCCUGCUCCCCGUUCUCCCUGCUCCUCCCUUCGGAUAUCAACAGCCCGAAAUGGGCCGGCAGAGGAACCGGCAGCGGCAGAGGGCUGGGGAGUGGGUUAGGAGGAGUUGGGAGCGGUAGCAGCAGGCAGAGCGGCCAAAGCCAGUCUAGAUACAGCCGGGGGCAGGGGCAAGCUCAGGGGGACGAACUUCUUGGGGUUGGGGAUAGCCCGGCCUGCUACAGCCCGGGCGGCAGCACCCGCCGCCCUGCUACAGCCGGGGGGUCUGUAGCAGGGACGCCUGUGGCGGGUACCCCCACUGCCCGCACGCCCACGUUUGGGAGGAGGCUGAGGAGGCAGAGGGGGCCGUCUUUUGGCGGGUCUUCAGAGCUGCUAGGGCUUAUGGGGAAAGGGGCGAUCAAGAAGGGGCUUGCUGCGGGUUUGAAGAGUGUGCAGAGGUGGAGAGAAGGGGGGAGUGGAACGGGGAGUGAUGUGGAGUGGGAGGGGGAGGGGGGGUGGGGUGGGGAGGGUUUUGAUUCGCCGAGAACGGGGGAGAGUGGAAAAGGGGGAGGGGGGGAGGGAGGAGAGGCGGGGACUGGUGGUGCUGCGGGUGCUCUUGCUGCUGGCGGUAGCGGGAGCAGCAGGUCAGGUAGGAGGUCCCUUCUGUCGAGCUUUCUAUCAGACUCAUCAGACAAAGACAAGGACAGGGAGAGGCCUGGGUCCGCGUCUAAGAGGAGUCGUCUCCGAAGCAGCAGCUUCGGCUCGUUACCCUCCCCCGGGGGUGCUGGUGCGGGCGCAGGCUCGGGUGGUGGUUCGGGUGCGGGUGGCGGUGCUUCGGGUGGUGGUGCUGCCGGUGGUGGUGUGAGCAGAAGCAGCUUUGGUUCUAGUUGCGACGGGGAGGAGGACGGGGAGGAUUCAGAAGACUUGGUACAGGAGGGAAAGCUAUGGGAGCAGCUAGAGGAGAAAUACCAGGAGCCUCUCUCUGCUGAAGCUGCUGCCGCUGCCGCUGCAGCAGCCGCCGCUUCUGCUGCCUCUCCUGGCGCUGCUGCUGGUGGUUUCGGUGGUGCUACCCCUAAUGCACCGUCCCCAAGUGGCGCCUCCCCCUCUCUCGCUAUGGCUCUCACCCGAAGCAUGUCUCUGUCCCGCAAUAAAGCCCUUUCCAGAGGUAUGUCUAUGGCUGCCAGUCGUAGCAGCAGCAGGGAGGCGGCGGAUGAAGGGGAGACGGGUAGCGGCAGUGGGGGGAGAGACGGCGAAGGGGAGAAGCUGGGGGGGAGUGGUAGGCAGGGGCGGGCGGCUGGGCGGGCGGCUUUGCCUAGGCCGAAAAAGAAAAGGUGGAUGAGGAGGGAUGUGAUAAAGGAGGAGACGAAGGAGGAGAUUGAGGAGGAGAGGGAGGAGACGGAGGAGAAGCAGCAGGGUGGGUUUGUGGAGGCAGGAGAGGGGCAGGGGGCGGAAAAGGAGGGUGUACAGGUAGGGAGCGGGGAUGCUGAGGAGGAGAGGAGGAAUGAGGAGGUGAGGAGGAUUCUGCGUAGCUUGGCAGGUGGGGAGGGAGGAGGAGCAGAAGGAGGAGGGGGAGGAGGAGUGGGAGGGGGAGGAGGGGAGGAAGAGGAGGAGAAACGGCCUUCUCUAGCUGUGAUGUUUCAGCGGUCUAUAAGCCUGAGGCUUGCACCCGGGGAGAGGCUAGGAGGGGGAGGGGGAGGAGGAGUAGGAGGAGGUGGAGGGAGACGGGAUGGUGGCGGGGAGAAGUUAGGGGUUAUGGAUGCUUUUAGAAGGCAGGUCACGCUGAGAAGCAGGCCUGAACGGGUUGAGGAAGAGGAAGCCGGUGGAGAGCGGUUGGGAGGGAUGGAGCUGAGAAAGCAGGUGACGUGGAGAGGGGACGGGAGGAGAGGCGAGGGGAGGAAGGGAGUGUUAGGGUUCAGGAGUCUUGCUGCUGCGGUUGCGGCUCUGGUGGGGGUGGGAGGGCGUGAGGUGAAACACGGGAGUGGGGAGGGACAGGGGGAGGAGGGUAAGGGGAGUGGGGAGGGUAGGGCCGGGGAGGGUCAGGGAGAGGAGAGUGAGGGUGAGGAGGGGCGGAAGGAUGGGGAGGAGAGUAGUGAUGAUGGGGAGAGGGAGACAGUGGGGGAGGAGGAAGGAAAGGAAGGGGAGAGAGGGGAGGAAGUGAAGGGGGAAGGGGUCAAGGAGGAUGGAAAUGAGGAAGGUAAGAUGGACGAGGGUGCUGGUGCUGGUGCUGGUGCUGGUGCUGGUGCUGGUGCUGGUGCUGGUGCUGGUGCUGGUGGGGUGGGGGAUUUGGGAGGAGGAGAAAGAAAGUCAGAAGUUUUAAUUGAAGUGACGCGAGAGGGGGCAGCAAGGCAGGAACUUACUCCCACUCUCACUCCCUCACUCACUCCCACAAUCACUCCCUCACUCACUCCCACACUCACUCCCACACUCACUCCAACACGCACCCCCAGCAGUAGUGCCAGGUUGACUGGCGUUGACUCAGCCACACUUGCCCAUGAAUCCGGUGUUGAGUCAGCUCAGGCGUUGACUGGCGUUGACUUGGCCACACUUGCCCAUGAGUCUGGUAUUGAGUCAACUAAGGCGUUGACUGGCGUUGACUCGGCUACUCUUGACCAUGGUUCUGAUGGUUCCCCUCUAGGGCCAUCCAGAAGGGGAAGUUUCCACCAGCUUUCUCCAAAAGAAGGCUCACCAUUGGUGGAUAGUCAGGAAACGAGCUUUCAGCCAGAAGAGCAGCGGCAGGAGAAGCAACAGCAGCAGCAGCAGCAGCAGCAGCAGCAGCAGCAGCAGCAGCAGCAGCAGCAGCAGCAGGAGCAGGAGCAGGGGCAGGGGCAGGGGCAGGAACAGCAGCAGCAGGAGAAGCAGGAAGAGGGAAAAUCGGAGAAUCAGCCCCAAACGGAGGAGAAUCAACAGCAGCAGCGGGGUGGCGGGGAGGGAUCGGAGGGGAAGCAGCAGGCUUCAGGGAGGGCACAGAGGCUGCUGGUAAGGCACCACUCUCUAAGCAACAAGGCACUAGACGCUGCGAAUCAGAGUAUGGGUGUGGAUUUGGGUUUGACAGGGCGUGAUGAUGCUGCUGCUGCCACCAGCAGCAGCAGCAAUACCCCUGCGAACAACAGUGGCAGCGGUGCUGGUGGGUUUGGUGGCAACCUGCCUUUGCUACGGACGAGUACAGAGAGAAUCGUUCGGUCGACCCGCAGUUUGGCUGUUAAGAAGUAUUUAUCCCCGUCUUCCUCGCUGGUUCGACGGGCAGGAGCAGCAGGGGGGGCAGAGGGAGCAGCAGAGAGAGCAGGGGCGGGAGCGGGGGGAGGGGAGGGAUCGGGAGGAGAGGUGGGUGGGACGGGAGAGGAGGGUGAGUGUGAGGGUGGUGUGGGGGGGGUGGUUAGGGCGCGGCCUGGGGGGGGCGCGGCAGGAGUGUCGUUUUACUCGUUUGACCGGCAUCGAAUGGGGUUGGCUGCGAUGGAAGCGAAGAAGAGGGGGUGGAGAGGGGCGGAGAGGAUUGGGGCGGAUAGAUUAAGGGUGGAUGGAGGGGGGGGGGCUGAGGUAUGGGGAGCGGAGGAAGGGGCGGAAACGUGGAGAGUGGAGGGAGGGGCGGAGGUGUGGGGGGUAGGAGCAGAGGCGAGUGAAAGAGGUGAGAGGUGGGUCGGAGAAACGGAGUAUACGCAACCGCAUGAGAGGUGGGUGGGGCCUGAGGAUGGGUAUGAGGGUGAAAGGCAGGACUUGGGGACUCAGACUUUGGAUUAUGGGGAGGUUCAUGCAGAGCAGUAUGAGGAGCAGUAUGGGGAGGGAUAUGGAGAGCAGUAUGGGGAGCAGUAUGGGGAGCAGUAUGGGGAGCGAUAUGGAGAGCAGGAGCAGUAUCAGGUGCAGUAUGAGGGGCAGUAUCAGGAGCAGUAUCAGGAGAAUUAUCAGGAGAAUUUUCAGGAGAAUUACCAGGUGGAUUAUCAGGAGCAGGAGCAGUAUCAGGAGUAUCAUGAGGAGCAGUAUGAGGAGCAGGUGUAUUUUGAGGGGCAGAGGAGGCAGGUUCGACAAGGGCUUGAGCAGGAGUAUGUGGAGAGGGGGGUGUACGGGCAGGAACAGCAGUUUCAGGGGCAGCAAUUCGGGCAGGAACAACAGUUUGAUGGGCAGCAAUUCGGGCAGGAGCAGCCGUUUGAGGAGGGGGAGUUCGGGCAGCAGCAGCCUUUUGACGGGCAGCAGUACGGGCAGGAGUAUGAAGAGUUGGGGUAUGGGGAGGGACAGUCGGAGCAGCAGCAGCAGCAGCGUCAGUGGCAGCAGCAGCAGCGCCAGUGGCAGCGAGAGAAGGAGAAGGGGAAGGGGAAAGCAGCGUUAGAUGAGUGGGAGUUUGUGCUGCAGAGAAGCGGAACUAAGAGCCCCAUGGGGGGUAGUAUGCAGGUAGAGCUUCGCCCUGAUGAGGAGGAAAUGCGCGAGAGUCAGUUUCGAGACAAGCAGUUGCGAGAAAGGCAGUUUCGCGAGGGGCAGUUUGCUGCUAGUUCUCAUGGGAGUGAGAGGAGUGUGGGUGGAGAGUCGGAUUAUGAGAGGGCGGAAGAUUAUGAGAGGGCAUCAGAGUAUGAAAGAGGAUCGGAAUAUGGGGCAUCGGAGUAUGAAAGGGCAUCUGAGUAUGAUAGGGAAGGUUAUUUCGAGCAUGAGGGAGAGGAGAGGGAGGAAGCGGAGAGAGGUGCGAGGGUAUAUGAGGAGAGAGAGGAGAGAGAGGAGGGGGAAGAGAGGGAUGAGUUUGUGGAUGACGAGGAGUUUCAAGAAUUGAUCGAUGGCAGUGCUGCUGGUGGUGGUGCUGGUGGUGGUGCUGGUGCUGGUGCUGGUGCUGGUGGUGCUGGUGCUGGUGCUGGUGCUGGUGCUGGUGCUGGUGCUGGUGCUGGUGCUGGUGCUGGUGCUGGUGGUGCUGGUGGUGGUGGUGGUGGUGAGGGGAUGAGAGAUGAAAGACAGCUAUUACAACCCCCACACCAACAGCUACACUCCCCACACGAAUUGCCUCACUCCCCACACCAACUGCCACACUCCCCCCAGCAGCAACAACACUCUCCUCACCAGCAUCAGCACUCCCCCCACACCCAUUCCUCCUCUCGCUCCCCAUCCUCGCACCGUAGUCACUCACUCUCCCCAAGUCCCCAUGCCAGCUCGGCCCGUGCUUACCGAGCCAGUUUAGGCCCGGCCAACACCAUACCUGGGAUGCAGGUCCGGGAGGUGUUCAGGUCCGAUUCGGUGAGCACUUCGGAAGACGAGGAGGAAGGGGAGGGGAGGGAGGUGGGGGGGGCUAGGGGAAGGAGUGGUGAGAGGGAACCUAGGGGACAGAGUGGGGAGGGUAAGCGAGGGAGCGGAAUUUUCAGCGAUGGAUAUAGUAGUGACUCCAAGGGCCACUCCGAUCAUGAAAGGCAGCAGCAGCAGCAGCAGCUUAUGACGAACCAGCAGCAACAACAGCAGCAGCAGCCGCAGCAGCAGCAGCAGCAGCAGCAGCAGCAGCAGCAGCAGCAGCAGCGGCAGGCGCAGCGGCUUCCCGUUCGUCGCAGCCAAACAGAGAUGAAGCGGCCCUUGCUGCUGCCCCGCCCUGCUCCCCCUGGGAAGGGCCUUGCUGCCGCUUCUACUGCUGGUUCGGCCGUUGGCUCUGCGGCCGGCGGUCCCCAGGCGUUUCAGCGCAGCUUUACGGAUCGAAGGCGGCCCGUCCCUCCUCCUUACGCCGCUGCUCCCGCUCCCGCUCCCGCUGGUGGUGCUGUUCCCCGCGUUUCUGCACGAGAGUGGCUGACAGGAGAAGCAGCAGCAGCAGCAGUAGCAGCAGCAGCGGUAUCAGCGCCCACGGCAGCAGGCAAUACAGCAGGCCAGCUUUCGCACCCCAGUGCUCCCCGUGAUUCCAACACGCCCAGUCCUUUGAGUGGCCCCUUAGCCCCCCGUGCUCCGCGGCAGUUCCAGCGCAGCUUGACCGACCGAAGGCGGGCGCCCCCUGCCUUCGUUCCUGCUCCUCCUCCUGCUGCUGCUGGUUUCUCCCCUAAAGACUGGGUAGCAGGAGGAGGAGGAGGAGCAGCAGCAGCAGCAGCACCCCACCACCCGCACCCCAGUGCUCCGCAUGCCGCCCGUGCGGCCAGUGCUCCCAGGCAGACUGGAUAG